AUGCCUAGACUCAGCAGUGAUUCUCCUCUGUGCAUCCGCAUUGUUCUUGCUUUUCUAGAUUUUCUUAGUUCCGUUACUCCUGCAGCAGGAGUUGAUCCUGAAGCUUUUGAAGUCAUUCAGGAAUGUCUUCGAGAAGUUUUCCAUAUUGAUCAAUCCUCAAGUGCAGGUGGAGUGCCGAAAGGGGUUUUCAUUAGUUUAUUCAGUUCAAUGGAAGGAGCUCGACACGGUAAUGAUACAAGAGCACAGCCCUGUUCACAACAGGCAGCUCCAGCUCCAUCCACUGAAAAUUCAUCCUCUGGAGGUGAUUCGUCGUCCACAGGUCUUCCGGUAAAAGAAUUGUUGCAUCAGUUCUUGCUUGCGCUUACGAAAGCUCGCUUCUUCAAGCCAAGGCCUACAGAAGAUGCUAAUACCCGAGCAACCAAAGUGAAGAAAUAUUUUCAUGAUGCUGUAGAGGAGCUGAAAAAUGCAUCUCGAGCCCUUACCAUCAACAAUCUGGCAGAAACAAUAAUAUCACAAGGAAAAAUGGCAAUGGAGUUAGAGCAGUAUACAAAAGCAGUCGACCUGUGUAGUUGUGCCAUUGCCCUUUCUGAAGACAACAAGGAUGUCCUCUACUGCAAUAGAGCGGCUGCUCAUUAUGGGAAUCAAAAGUAUGCUGCAGCUUUGUGUGACUGUAUGAAAGCAAUAGAAAUCAACCCUAAGUGCAUUGAGGCAUAUAGUCACUUUGGUCACAUCCGUCUUGAACAAGGAAACAUUAUCGAUGCUCUUUGCCAUGGAUUUGUGAAAGUUGUACAAUUGGAUCCAUGUAAUGAGGAAGCACAAGAAAAUAUUCGCAUUUGUGAAGAGAAACUGCGAGACAAGUUUACACGGAUGCGGGAGCAGAAUGAAGCUUUGGUAAACCUAAUAAAAGAACCGUUUCUUCCACUUGUGCGAAGUACAAAGCCUGUUGCACCAAGAGAAGCACCAAGCACAUCAGCUAGGCGUUCACAGUCUGGUGACAGAAACACUAACAAGUCUCCCACGCAUGAAACAAUUGAAACCGGGGAAGUGGAAAAUAUGGAAGAAGUGCUUGCUUUAUUGUCGAUUUCUUCCUCAAAUCUUGAUGAUCCUUUAGGAAGCAAGCCAUGA